UCUUCUUCUUCACAUCCUAGUUAACCAGCCGCUGCUUCAUGUAAACAAAAAAGUUACUUCGGAUAUGAGUACCGACAGACGUGUGGAUUUGAGCAACUGCCUCGAGAAUGUUCUGGUUUUAAUCGAGCCGACUUCCGCCGACACGACGUUUCCCGAGUUUCAGUAUUCCCCGGAUAACGUUCAGGGCCCCGGCUGCACCACUGACCCCAGCGAGGUCACCCUUCCUGGAUGCUCCUGCCGCUCCCGCUCCUGCCGCACUCCGACCUGCCCCUGCCCGCGGGCGCGCGGCCCCGCGUACGACGGCGCCGGCGCGCUGCUGAACCUCGGCCCGACGGACUCCGGCUACUGCUCACCCGUGUUCGAGUGCAACGCCCUCUGCGCCUGCAGCGAGGCCUGCUCCAACCGGGUGGUGCAGGGAGGCUUACGACUCCGACUGGAGGUGUACGCCACCGGGAACAAAGGCUGGGGAGUGCGAGCGCUGGAGGCGGUCCCACGCGGGACCUUUGUGUGCGAGUACGCCGGCGAGGUGAUCGGCCUCGAGGAGGCCAGGCGGCGACAGCUCGCCCAGAGAGUCGGGGAGAACAACUACAUCAUCGCCGUGAGGGAGCACGCGGGCGCGGGCCCCGUCGCCGAGACGUUCGUGGACCCCGCCGCCGUGGGGAACGUGGGCCGCUUCCUCAACCACUCGUGCCAGCCCAACCUGGUCAUGCAGCCGGUGCGCGUGCACUCCGCGGUUCCUCGGCUGGCGCUGUUUGCCGGGCGGAGCGUCGACUCGCGGGAGGAGUUGACGUUCGACUACACGGGGGGGUACAGGAACCGGCUCCCCGCGGAGCUGCUGUCCACGCAAAGGGACGCGGACGCACGGACCGGUCGGACGGAUGGACUCCAGAGGAAGGAGUGCCACUGCGGCGCCAACAACUGUGCUCGCUUCCUUCCGUUGGAUUUAUCUAUUAUCAACCGGGAAUGAACGGCACACCGGUUCAUCACAUUUUUAGUUUUUUUUUCAAGUGUUUUUUCUGAAAUGAUGCAGAAAAUGUUUUCUAUUAAAACUACACUACCGUUCAAAAGUUUGGGAUCACCCAGACAAUUUUGUGUCUUCCAUGAAAAAUCACACUUAUUUAUCAAAUGAAUAUAAAAUAUAGUCAAGACAUUGACAAGGUUAGAAAUAAUGAUUAAUAUUUGAAGUAUUCAUUUUGUUCUUCAAACUUCAAGCUCAAAGGAAGGCCAGUUGUAUCGCUUAUAUCACCAGCAUAACUGUUUUCAGCUGUGCUAACAUAAUUGCACAAGGGUUUUCUAAUCAGAUAUUAGUCUUCUAAGGCGAUUAGCAAACACAAUGUACCAUUAGAACACUGGAGUGAUAGUUGAUGGAAAUGGGCCUCUAUACACCUAUGGAGAUAUUUCAUUAGAAACCAGACGUUUCACCUAGAAUAGUCAUUUACCACAUUAACAAUGUAGAGUGUAUUUCUGAUUAAUUUAAUGUUAUCUUUAUUGAAAAAACUGCUUUUCUUUGAAAAAUAAAGUCAUUUCUAAGUGAUCCCAAACUUUUGAACGGUAGUGUAUCUCCACUUAAUUCUGUCUGUUUUUCAGUCUCCUGGUUGAUGGUUAACACAAUGAGUCGUGUCAUGAGCCCGUCAUCGUGUCGUCCAGUUUGGUCCCCGUCGGUGUUCUCCCUGUCUGUUUUUGUAUAAUUCUUUCCAUCCGCCAGGGGAUGUUUGCUCUGUGUAAGACGUUGUUUCCCAACAGAUUUACAGUCUUGCGGCUGUCAUUGUGUCACAUUUUAAAUCCCGUUUCUCACACCAAAUCCGGAAGGAAUAGAAACAUCAUUUGCGCUGGCGGAGAUCGACGGGUGUCAAUAGGUGUCUCUAAAUAGACACACAGGCUACAGAAUUGAUCCCGUUUUACCGCAAUCAGAAGACGUCACCGAAAUGCUCAGUUAAAGGAAUAACUUUAAUAUGUUUCCAUCAACUUGACAUUUCUCAUCAAUGCAGCUUGGAGAUAUUCUCAGCUUCUCAUUUCUCUCAAACCUCAGGAGAGGUGGGACCAAUUAAAAAAGGGCCGGGUGGGUAGGUAUUUCUUUAAAUAUCGACACAAGACUCUAUUCCCUCGUCGACGGAGGAGGGGGUGUGAAGCUGUCCCACUUUGAGUGGAACCGUUCUGAAACCAGGACUUGCUCUGCCCCGUUUCUAGUCUAGACCUGCUUUCAUCUUUAUUAAUACCCACAUCUGGGUUAAUGAGGAUGGAGACCGCGUUUCAUGCAGAAUUGGGGAUUAGUGCUGCAGCCACACUGGGCCUGCGAGAGAGACCCACAUCGGAGACUACGGUCAAGCUUAUUGGUUUUUUUGUGUCAUCUGGUGUCGAGGCGAUCAGCGCAGGUUGUUAUUUCAGCCUACAUUUGUUUUCCUCCACGAGGGUUACCUUAGUUUUCUUUUUUUUCUUUUCAAAAUGGGCUUUUCUAUACAUUUUACAUCAUGAAUUCUAUGCUUAGGAAUUAAACAACGCGACUGUUCCCUGAUUCAUUGAAUGUGUUUAUGUAACUCUGUAAUGCUUCAUUCUGUACACAUGCCAUCUGUUGCUUCUGUCCAUCUGGGGAGAGGGAUCCUCCCCUGUUGCUCUCUUCAAGGUUUCCUCCCUUUUUUUCCACGUGGAAUUUUUUUCUUCUAUUUCUUGGGAGUUUUUCCUGAUCCGAUGUGAGGUCAAAGGUCAGGGAUGUCGUAUGUGUACAGAUUGUAAGGCCCUCUGAGGCAAAUUUGUAAUUUGGGCCGUAUAAAAUAAGAUGAAUUAAAUUAUAUUGGAAUGGAA